UGCAGGCCCUCACUUAACAUCUUUGUAUGCGCGCGCUAACAAAACGAAGAAAAAAGCCCGUGACUGUCGCGGUGUUAAUCUUCUCUCUGAGGGCACAGCCCUAAGAGUGCGCACGUGCCGGAAAACCCGAGAUCAAAAAUUCGCAACUAGUUAAAUUUUUUUAUACCUCAUCGCAUUAAGAUAAUAGUUAUCAAUAAGAUAUUGAAGUGACCAAUAGAUAAGUUUGAUAAGCAGAAUGGCAAAAGGAGGUCAUUCCCAUAGAGGGACUUUGAAAAAAGACCACAAGCCGUUUAAGUCGAAGCAUUCGACCAAGGGACAAUUGAAAAAUCAGUACAAGGGUAAAGUUGAAAAAUCAUCAAAUGCUUCAGUUAAGAAUAAGGUUAUAUCAAAACUUGAUAGAAAACAUAACAGUAAACAGCUUAGAGAUAAUAAGAUCGGCGAGACCAAGCUUAUCAGGAAGUUGUUUGAAGGAUCACAAGGAACAGAAAAGAUUAUAACUGUUAUCAGUUUAACUAAAGAUAUUGCAGCUAAUCAAAUUGCAUCAAGAUUAAUAAAUAGUAUAAAAGAUGAAGAAAAUCAACCAGACAUAAUAAUUGAAUCACCAUCGAUACAGUCUUUCAAGUUGGGACGCUUCAGAUCGAACAUUAAGGUGAUCAUACCUGAUCAAACCAAUUUAUUAUCAAUUUUGGAUGCUGCUAAAAUAUCUGAUUAUGUUAUAUUUGGAUUAUCAGCACAAGAAGAAAUUGAAACAAAUUAUGGUGAAACCAUAUUACGUUCAGUGAUUGCUCAAGGUAUUGCUUCAGUAAUUGGAGUAAUUCCAAAUCUUAUAUCUGCAUACCCCAAAAAAAAUUUACAAAAUGAUAUUAAACAAUCAUUACAAUCAUAUUUUAAUCAUUUUUUCCCUAAUGAAGAUAAACUUUAUACCAUUGAAAAUGAUUCGGACUGUGUCAAUUGUGUUCGUUCAAUUGCUCAAAAAUUCCCCAAAUCAGUUCAUUGGAGAGACUCAAGAGGGUAUAUGGUUACUGAUGAUGCUUAUUGGUCUCCAAUUGAUAACCAAGAUGGUUGCUUAGUGGUUGAAGGUACUGUUCGUGGGAUUGGUUUCAAUUCAAAUCGUUUAAUUCAUAUCCCCGGUUUCGGUGAUUAUCAAAUUCAUCAUAUGGAAAAAUUAGCGUCAAAAAAUUAUAAAAAUAGUAUGGAUAUUGAUGAUGAUAUGAAUGAGAAUAUUUAUCUCCCUAAUGAAGACCAAGAAACUUUAGAAGAGUUAAAUCCCGAAGAAGCUGAAAUGGAUUAUGCCGAGGAAGAUCUUGCAUUCGACGAUGAAUUAGGGGUUAGAAUGGAAGGUAGAAAUUAUUUCCAUGACGUUGAAAAUAACCAAAAGAGAAGAUUUAAAUUACCAAAGGGAACUUCCGAAUAUCAAAGUAAAUGGCUUUUAGAAGACGUCUUAGAAGGUGCAUCCGAUGUUGAAGAGGAAGAUGACGAAGAUCAACAACAAGAUGAAAUAGAAGAAGUCGAUGACAUGCAAAUGGAUGAUGCAACUACUGAUUAUGCACCAACUGAAGGUGAUAAAUCAGAAAUGUUUGUUGAUUUAUCUCCAGAAGAAGAAGAAAGACAAUUAAAAGAAUUUAGAGAAUUAGCUAAAGAAGAUUUAGAAUUCCCUGAUGAACUUGAACUCCAUCCAAAUGAUUCAGCCAAAGAUGUGUUAUCAAGUUACAGAGGUAUCAAGUCUUUGGGUACUUGUGAAUGGGAUUACGAUGAAUAUGAUUCUGAAGCUCCAAGUAUUUGGAAUAGAUUAUUAAGAAUAUCAAAUUAUAAAGCAACUAGAAAUAAAAUUUUAAAAGAUUCCAUCAAAGAAUCUCAAAUCAAUAUUGGUAAUCGUGUCCGUAUUUUCAUUAAAGCACCUCAAUUCAUCUUGGAAAGAAUUAAUCCAAAAACCAAACCAUUUAUAAUUUAUGGAUUAUUACAACAUGAACAUAAAUUAGCCGUUGUUAACUUUUCAUUCGAACACUGGGAAGACUACGAAGAGCCAGUUCCAUCGAAAGAAGUUUUAAUUGCUCAAUAUGGUCCUCGUCGUCAAAUUAUCCAACCAAUGUUCAAUCAAGGUUCAAAUAAUUCAAAUAAUGUUCAUAAAUAUGAAAAUUUUGCUCACCCAGGAUCUUCUAACAUUGCCACUACUAUAGCACCAGUUUCUUUCAACAAUGCACCAACCAUUUUCUUCAAAUCAAAACCUGAUGGUUCUUUAGAAUUAGUUGGUCAAGGUACUUUCUUGAAUUGUGACCAUACUAGAGUUAUGGCUCAAAGAGCAGUAUUAACUGGUCAUCCGGUUAAAAUCCAUAAGAAAUUGGUUACAAUUAGAUAUAUGUUUUUCAAUUCUGAUGAUAUUAAUUGGUUUAAAGCCGUUCCAUUAUUCACUAAAAGUGGUCGUACUGGGUUUAUUAAAGAAAGUUUAGGUACCCACGGUUACUUUAAAGCUACUUUUGACGGUAAAUUAACUUCACAGGAUGUGGUUGCUAUGUCUUUAUAUAGAAGAGUAUGGCCAGAAGUAUCUAACCCCUGGACUGAAUAAAUAGUUUAAUGUAGUAUGAAG